UUCCGGUGCAUCAAUGUGUUCGCUGAUUUGAGAGCGAAAAUUUAAGACAGUUUCAAUUUCCUCUUCCAGAUCUAACGCUUGCCAUUCACACACACACACACACACACACACACACACACACGGGGAAAAGAGAGCAAUAGAUUCAUUAAUUGAUCGAUUGAAGUUCAGAAGAUUGGCGAAGUAGUAAUAUAGAUUUUAGAUGAAGCUAUUGAAGCUGGCAUUUUUAGUUGCUUUGGCAUCUGGACUUGGAGCUAUUCUCAUCUACAUCACUGGUUUCUCCACUCCACAUGGAUCAUAUCAUGUCUCGGAUGAGGAUUUGGAGGCAUUACGAACUCUACAGAGUGGUUUCCAGAAGUGCGUGAGUGCAAAUGGAUUAGGUUUACAAGCUGUGAGUGGCAGGGACUAUUGCGAGGUUAUAAUGAGGUUUCCCAGUGAAACAGUUCCAAAAUGGAAAGAUCCAAAAACGGGAGAGCUUGAGGGCUUGUCAUAUGAGCUGAAUUUAUGUGAAGCUGUGGCUAUUUGGGAACAGGUGAGGAACAGUACCACAGUACUCACUAAAGAGUACAUUGAUGCUCUACCAAAUGGAUGGGAGGACUAUGCAUGGCGGAGGAUUAACAAGGGAGUACUCCUGAACCGAUGUGAAAAUAGAACUCUUUGCAUGGAGAAGCUCUCUCUAGUACUUCCAGAAAGACCACCUUUAUACCCAAGGCAGUAUGGUCGAUGUGCUGUUAUUGGAAACUCGGGGGAUCUUCUGAAAACAAAAUUUGGCGAUGAGAUCGAUAGCUAUGAAGCUGUUUUCAGGGAAAAUGGAGCACCGAUACAGAACUACACGGAAUUUGUGGGCUCCAAAAGUACAUUUCGCCUUCUUAAUAGGGGUUCCGCUAAAGCUCUUGACAAAGUAGCGGAGUUGUAUGACAAAGGAAAGGAGGUGCUGAUAGUCAAAACAACUAUACAUGACAUCAUGAACAAGAUGAUUCGGGAAGUUCCAAUUCUCAACCCAGUAUAUCUCAUGUUGGGUGCAUCCUUUGGUUCUGCAGCAAAAGGAACUGGACUAAAGGCUCUAGAAUUUGCCCUUUCCAUGUGUGAUACUGUUGAUAUGUAUGGUUUUACAGUUGAUCCAGGCUAUAAAGAAUGGACCAGAUAUUUCUCAGAGUCUCGGCAAGGUCAUACACCUCUGCAGGGAAGGGCAUACUAUCAAAUGAUGGAAUGCCUAGGGCUUAUUAAAAUCCAUUCCCCAAUGCGAGCGGAUCCAAAUCGUGUUGUGAAGUGGUUAUCCAGCCGCAGCUCAAUCACUGCUGCCCGAAUUGCAUCAGAGAAAUUGCUGAGGAGGGUAGGAGCUGGAUCGACCAAUCUUUUGGCUACAUGCUCCAUCAUUAAGAAACAAAAAGGAAAGAAUGUGGACAUAUCAAACCUUAGAAAAGCAGCCGUUGAACAUCACAAAUAUGUAAAAGGCACUACAAUGUAUCCUUUGGAGCACAAUCCAGGACAUGGCCAACUCUGCACAGUUACCAACAAAUUGAUAAUCAGAAAACUGAACUAACAAUAAGAUCAUUAGACCAGAUUUCAGGGUUAUUCUCUGAAAAGGGUCUUGCGUGCCGUGGGAAGAUAGCCUGCCAAUCUUCUUUUAUGUGCAUUUUUUGACCACUCAACUGUCUUCAGAAUCUGCAGCGCUUGAGACCUGUGAAUGUUACACACAACGUUGGUUUAAGCCUUAUUGACGAGGCACGUGGAAGGUUAAGGUGGCUCUUACCAAAUUAUACGACAUGAGUUUUCCAUUUAUUUUUGUAUUCUUUUGGCGGCUUGUAUGGGACAGAUUAUUUUCUUUUUCAAGUUUAACCCUCUUAGAUGUAUAUCAGCUAGCACCUCUCUUCUACGGGUAGUUGGUUUUAGUAUGAAAUGAAGAAGUCAAGCAGUAACUGACAUUAUUUUAUGGAUUAGAAAAUUUAGGCUUUUUAUCCAUUUAA